AAACCUCAUUGCCACCCCAAUACCUCAACUCAACCUCUUUCCUUUUCUCUAUCAAAAAACAUACAAAGCUAACAGGGGCGACUUCGACUUGAAGAACAUACAGUGCAAAAAUGGCCAGAAAGCUGAAUUUGGCUACUUUUGCAAUAUUUGCAGCUGCUUUAUUACAUAUUUCAAUGGCACAACAAACUCAUGUAGUUGGUGAUGCUUUGGCUUGGAGCGUUCCUAACGGUGGCGCCGCCGCUUAUACCACCUGGGCUUCCCGGAAAACCUUCGCCGUCGGCGACAUUCUUGUUUUUAACUUUACAACCGGAUUGCAUAGUGUGGCUGAGGUGUCAAAGGCAAAUUUUGAUUCAUGCAAUACCGCAAACCCAAUUUCUAUAUCCACUAAUGGGCCAACAAAUAUUACAUUGAGAUCUGCUGGAUCACAUUACUACCUUUGUACCUUACCAAGCCAUUGUACAUUGGGCCAGAAAUUGGCUAUCAAUGUCUCCGGCUCCGCCUCUCCGGCUCCUCAGCCAGCUGCCGCCAGGCCCGUCAUUCCUCCCACCGUCGCUCCAGUGACCGCUCCUUCAGUGAGCCCAUCAACAGCUCCCGCACCAUCGGUUACAGCCACCCCGGCAUUGGCACCUGCACCUUCAGUUGCAGCCCAAACUUUUAUUGUUGGAGGCAACAUGGGCUGGAAUGUUCCUACUACUGGUGGCCCAAAUGCUUAUCAAACUUGGGCUAAUGGCAAAUCCUUCAAAGUUGGAGAUACUCUUGUUUUCAAUUUUGUCAAUGGGAGGCACAAUGUUGCAAUGGUUAAUAAGGCAGCUUAUGACUCAUGCAACACAACUUCUCCUAUCAACACAAUUAGCACUGGUCCUGCUAGGAUCACACUUACAAAUUCUGGUGAAAAUUACUACAUGUGCACUUUCCCUAGCCACUGCUCAUUAGGUCAAAAGCUAGCCAUCAACGUCACCAGCACCAGCGCUGCCGCCCCCACGCCUUCCAUCGCUGCCACACCAUCUGGCUCCACCGUCCCAUCCGUCCCCUCGGGCGAUUCUCCGGUCACUUCACCACCACCACCAAGUGCCUCAGCUCCAUCUUUGGUUCUUGCAGCUUUGCCUGUCACUUUCUUGUCACUUGCCUUUGCUAGGUUGUUGAAUUAAAUAGUAUAGUAUUGAUUUUAUGUAAUUCUUUUACUUGUUUUUUUUUUUUUUUUUUUGUUAUCUUUAUAUACGGAUUUGACAUUUUUGUUGUACCAAUAAAGCUGAAUUUUUGGAUUCCAGCUAGAAUUUUUUUCUUGUUGAUUUUAAUGUAUUGAAAUUUCAAUCUUCCUGCCUUCUUAA